ACUAUAUACAAUCUGCAUCCAACCAGACAAAAUAAGAACGAUCCGAAUAGAAAGUGCAUAGAGUAUCUCAGAUGGGAGAUAAGUAAGAUAGAGGAAAAGUUUAGAAAGGCCGGAGAGAAGUGGAGAAAGCUAGGUAAAUUGAAUAAACAAAAAGACACAGCGAAAGUAAGAAACCAAAAGAAAGCAGCAAAUGCGGCAAAAAGCAAAGAAAAGAUUAAACUAGAGGCUCUGUACAAGGAGCUUCUAUACAAAAACGUAUCCAAAGAGCUAGACUGCCAGGCUGAGUUUGUGGUCUUCCGGAAAGUGAAUGAGAGUAAGUCCAUUCUAGGAGCGCACAACGAGAUUCUUGAUGUUUUGAUCUCGCGGUACAACCUUCAAAGAGUGGUGAAAAAAUAA